AUGAGUGCAUCUUCCGUCGCUCAACUCGCCAUCUACUCGGUUCUCGUAUGUCCAGCGUUGUAUCUGACACUGUGUCAUCAUCGAUGGGGGUUGUUAGGCUGGGGCUAUCUGCUGGCGUUUUGUAUACUGCGGAUCACCGGCGGUGGCCUCUCGAUUCACAGUAGCGGCUCCGGGGCAAAGAUUAUUUCAAGCGUUGGGAUCUCGCCCAUGCUGCUUGCUCUAGAUGGAAUACUACAUGAAGCAAGGGUGUACCGCAAUCGAAACUUGGACAAACGUUUAGAAUACGCAUUUAUGGCCUUCGUCCAUGUGGUCGUUGCGACCGGCGUUGCCAUGGUUGGCACAGGAGCCGGCGGUCUGGCAGGAGAGCACCCAAAAGCGAGCGAUCAGACGAAUCUUGACGUUGGAAUGGCGUUGCUCGAGGCAUGUUGGGCAAUAUUGACCAUCUGGGCUCUGUGGACAUUGAAGGAUUGCAGUGAGAAGACCAUUCCAGGGGUGAUGGAAGGCGAAAUGCUCCUCCACGGCGUGCUCCUAGCGACGGUGUUUGUCGGUAUCCGGGUUUUGUACGGACUGAUCGCGGAGUCAACCCAGAAACAAAACCUGAAUCCAGUGGCAGGCUCCUUAGCCAUUCGUACUGUCCUAGGUCUUCUACCUGAACUCAUUACAACUUUGAUCUUGGUGUUUGUUGGCUUUCGUACGCGACAUAUCGGUAGAUAUAAUCGCCGAGUGGUGCAGACAGGCGAGACAUAA